AUGAAGUUCACUGUCGCUAUCACUUCAAUCGCUGUUGCACUCGCUCUCAGCUCUUCUGCUGAAGCUGCUUCUUGCAGCUCUGUCUAUGGUCAAUGUGGUGGCAUUGGAUGGAGUGGCCCUACCUGUUGCGAAAGUGGCUCAACUUGUGUAGCUCAAGAAGGCAACAAGUACUAUUCUCAAUGUCUUCCAGGAUCUCACAACAACAAUGCCACAACCACUAAAAAGACUACUACUAAGGCAUCUACAACUACUACCAAAGCUACUACCAAGGCCACUACGACUACCACCAAGACAACCACCAAAACUAGCACUACUGCCGCCGCCACUACUUCCGCUUCCUCUUCUGCUGGCUACAAGGCUAUCUCUGGCGGUAAAUCCGGUAGUGGCUCCACCACUCGUUAUUGGGAUUGUUGUAAAGCUUCUUGCAGCUGGCCCGGAAAAGCUUCUGUCACUGGUCCUGUCGAUACUUGUGCUUCCAACGGUAUCUCUUUAUUGGAUGCCAAUGCUCAAAGCGGUUGUAACGGUGGCAAUGGUUUCAUGUGUAACAACAACCAACCUUGGGCUGUCAAUGAUGAGCUCGCUUACGGUUUCGCUGCUGCAUCCAUUGCUGGUUCCAAUGAAGCCGGGUGGUGCUGCGGCUGUUACGAAUUGACUUUCACCUCUGGUGCUGCUUCUGGAAAGAAGAUGGUUGUCCAAGUUACCAACACUGGUGGUGAUUUAGGUUCCAACCACUUUGAUUUGCAAAUGCCUGGUGGUGGUGUUGGUAUCUUCAAUGGCUGUGCUGCUCAAUGGGGUGCUCCCAAUGAUGGCUGGGGAGCUAGAUAUGGUGGUGUCAGCUCUGUCUCUGAUUGUGCUUCACUUCCCUCUGCUCUUCAAGCUGGUUGUAAAUGGAGAUUCAACUGGUUCAAGAACUCUGAUAACCCUACUAUGACCUUCAAGGAAGUUACCUGUCCCGUUGAAUUGACCACUCGCUCAGGUUGCGAAAGAAAGUAG